AUGAUUGCGUUUGGCAUAGCACCUGCACUUUUUCAGCCAGUCCCCGAGGCUCUUUACUCAUUUAAUGUAUAA